AUGGCGGCUGGUGAGUGUCGGGGUCAGCUGGCUGGUCAGCUCCUUCAGCUGCAGCUGCAGCCAGCCCCUUAUAUACUCAGCCUUCCGUGUGCCCCCUCCCUCCCCUUCCCUGCUUCUCCGGCUCCCCCUCCGGCUCUCCCUAGUUCUCAUGUCUCCAUCACCCCUGUUCCCGCCUCAUACGCCCUCAUCCUGCCUCUUGCCUUCUCUCUCUGCCCCUCAGGCCUCCUGCCAGAAGAGAUCCUGACCCCCACCCUCUACCACGGCUACUAUGUCCGGCCCCGGGCCACCAGAGCUGGGGAGGGCAGCCGGGCAGGGGCCUCUGAGCUCAGGCUCAGUGAGGGCAAGUUCCAGGUGUUCCUGGAUGUGAGCCAUUUCACCCCAGAUGAGGUGACCGUGAGGACUGUGGACAACCUGCUGGAGGUGUCUGCCCGGCACCCCCAGCGCCUGGACCGCCAUGGCUUCGUGUCUCGGGAGUUCUGCCGCACCUAUGUCCUGCCUGCCGAUGUUGACCCCUGGCGGGUCCGCGCUGCUCUCACCCAUGACGGCAUCCUCAAUCUGGAGGCGCCUCGGGGUGGCCGCCAUUUGGACACAGAAGUCAAUGAAGUCUACAUCUCCCUCCUCCCUCCACCUCCUGAUCCGGAGGAAGAAGAGGAGGCAGCCGGAGUUGAGCCCUGAGUGCCUCAGAUCCAGUACCCAGCCCUUUCUACCUCCCGUGGUGAUGCAGCAGCUGCCUCCACCCCAGAGACAGCAGCAGCCUUGGGAGAAGGGAAAAGUGCAUGGGCCACAAAGUAUGGUUUGGUCCUGUGGGACGUGUCCUAGCCUUUGGUUUAGUUCUAGAUAGAAGUGAAUAAACCCAAAUCUCUGGGC